ACCACUGACGAACCCAAUGUGUUCCACCGACGACAGUGACUCGUCGCCGGAGAAGUUAAACACAACGCCGGAUUCAAUCCGACAAAAGAGUCUUCCAAACAUCUCAAUACACUGGUCCUAUCACGCCGAUAAACCCUCCAAUUCUUUCCCAGACGUUUUCUUUGUAUUUAUCCCCAUCACUUUCAGCUUUCUUCGUUAUAAAUUCACCAAAUUCUCAUUAUUCCAAUCUUCAAUCGUGACGCCAUGAAUAAACUUAUCUUCUUCUUCAUCUUCUGGUUUUCCUAUGGAAGGGUGUUAUCAGAAAUCCAUGCUAGCUUACCACCAAGAGGUUGGAAUUCAUAUGAUUCCUUUUGUUGGACCAUUUCUGAAGAUGAAUUCCUGCAGAAUGCUCAACUUGUUUCCCAGAAACUACAUGCUCAUGGCUAUGAGUAUGCAGUGGUGGAUUACCUUUGGUACAGAAAGUUAGUCCCAGGUGCUUAUGUUGAUUCGCUUGGGUUCGAUGUGAUUGAUGAAUGGGGGAGGGUGAUUCCGGACCCUGGUCGGUGGCCUUCAUCGAAAGGCGGCAAAGGGUUCACCGAAGUAGCCAAGAAAGUUCACGACAUGGGUUUGAAGUUCGGAUUCCAUAUAAUGAGAGGCAUAAGCACACAAGCUGUCAAUGCAAACACCCCAAUCUUAGACAUCACAACGGGUAAAGCGUAUGUGGAGUCGGGAAAGGUUUGGCAUGCAAAAGAUAUCGGGAUAAAAGAGAGGGCUUGCGGGUGGAUGAAAAAUGGUUUCAUGAGUGUCGACACUUCACUUGGAGCCGGAAGAGCGUUUUUGAGGUCUCUUCAUCAUCAAUAUGCCGAAUGGAAUGUAGAUUUUGUAAAACAUGAUUGUGUGUUUGGCGAAGAUUUGGAUCUAAAUGAGAUAGAGACUGUUUCAGAGAUCUUGAAGGAACUUGAUCGCCCGAUUCUUUAUUCGCUUUCACCCGGAACUAGUGUCACACCGGCCAUGGCUAAGCAAGUGGCUCCCCUCGUUAACAUGUAUAGAGUAACAGGAGACGAUUGGGAUAACUGGGGAGACGUUGCUGCCCAUUUUGACGUUUCGAGAGAUUUUGCAGCUGCUAGUAUGGUAGGAGCCAAAGGUUUGUUGGGAAACUCGUGGCCCGAUCUGGAUAUGCUUCCACUCGGGUGGCUUACGGACCCAGGAUCCAAUGAAGGUCCACACCGGAUGUCGAAACUUAGUCUAGACGAACAAAAGACUCAAAUGACUUUAUGGUCUAUGGCUCGAUCUCCGUUGAUGUUCGGUGGAGAUAUGAGAAAGCUCGACGAUGCCACAUAUGGACUCAUCACCAAUCCAACUCUAUUGGAAAUCAACUCUUUUAGCUCAAAUAAUAAGGAGUUUCCUUAUAUAACAAGCACAACGGACCUCCGGUUCUUGGAGCAAGGUUCGAACUUUCAAACAAGAAGUUUAAAAGAGGCGGGUUCAUCGGAAAAACUUGUUUUAGGGUUCUCGAGUUGUCAUGAUUCCCAGGCCAAAGGUUGGUAUAAGGAUCUUGAACGGGUUUGUUGGCGAUGGCAUUCAAGAAGCGAAAAGGUCGAACCUUUUUGUUUAUACAAGACAGAACCUCUUCUGCAAUCGGAUGAGGGUGUUGCAUACAGCGGGAAAUAUCAAGGAAAAUUUCACCUACGUGCGAGAAAUAGAGCUGGGUUUUGCUUCGAUACUUCAUCAAAACGGAGACUUACUUCGAAAGAGCGUAAAAGAGCAUCGUUUUCACCUUGCAGACUGGAUACCAAUCAGAUGUGGGAGCUAAGCAACAAUGGAACGCUCGUGAACGGUUAUUCGGGUUCGUGUGCUUCUAUCAAAGCAACGAAAGCCGAUGCCAGUCCCGGAGGAAUUCGAUCGUGGAUUGCAACCGGAAAGAAAGGUGAGAUUUAUCUUUCCUAUUUCAACUUGAAUCCCGCAAGAACGGUUAUUUCCACGACCUUAUCGAAUCUCUCAAAAGCGUUUCCGACCAUCAAUUUCCGCUCGUGUUCAUGCAAAGAGGUUUGGAGCGGUAAAGAUUACGGAUCGUUACAACAUUCUCUCUCGGUGUCCGUAGAUUCGCAUGGUUGCGCCCUUUUCGUCUUGACUUGCACUUAAUCCCGUGGGAAAACACGCUCACGUUCCUUUUAUGUGGGAUUUACUGGUUUCGUUUGAUUUAGUUCAAUUUGC